AUGGGAGGGUGGGAUGCAGUCGCCGCUUCAGUGAGCGGCGUCAACCCUAGCGCCUAUGGGUUUCAAGGAGGACCCAUGUACCGUCCCGUCCUCAAGCCUACUGAGUACACCGACGACACGCUGAUGACAGUGCCAGUGCUCGACCCAGAAAUUCUACGAGGAAGACGCGACGGACUCAAGGAUGAGGGAGCAUUGGGUGUACAUUCUAAGAAAGAAGGCAACUUCGGAGGUCGCCCGGGACUCUUCCGCCAUAAUCCAUCAAGUUCUCAAUCUUCUUCCCACGGAAAAGUCAACGUCAGCAUUCGCCAGGUCACAAGGACAGAAUAUCUCAAGCAUUACGCGAAGGACGAGCUGGGCCGGUAUGUCGGCACAGAAGAUCCCGCAGAAGACUGCAUUCUGAAUGGAGAAGACUCCAGUCGGUGGAGAGGGCGAGAGGCAGGAUCGGGGAUGGCUGCAGGAGAAGGCGAGUCGACAUCAGCUGAAGGAGGCCAACUAGGCCAGACGGAAAUGGUUGAUGUGGCCCAAGAUGAAGCUGUCGGGAAAGGAAACAGGCCCGGCAGGCCGUCGAAAAGGGAAGAGAAAUCAAGUACAGGAGGCAAUGGAGCUGUCGAGGUGGACGGUGCUUAUAUCGUUCCAGAUCCAGUGGGUGCUCCCAUGAGGGUUGUCAAUGGCGGUAGGAAUAAGAGCAGGUUCAGUCUCUUCAAGGGCCUGCGAGGAGGUGAUGGAGGCGGUGGAGUCAUACGUUGA